AUGAAUUUCGUGGGCAUAUCCGGAUCUUCCAAGCUGCCGUACAUGCUCGACCAGAACGCCUGGGACCCCCUCCCGCACCAGCACGAGGUGCCGACGCCCCUGUGCCUGGCCCGGGUCAAGCGCGAGAUCGCCCGCAUCUACACUCGACCGCCGCACGGCAUCUUCAUCGAACCCGAGGAGAACAACGUCACCAAAAUGCACGCUCUCAUCGUGGGACCUCCGGACACGCCGUACGAAGGGGGUUUCUUCCACUUCCUGGUCAAGUGCCCGCCAAACUACCCGGUGAGCCCGCCGCGGGUCCGCAUCAUGACCACCGACGGCGGCAGGGUGCGCUUCAAUCCCAACAUAUACCCUUGCGGCAAGGUCUGCCUCAGUAUCUUGGGCACGUGGCCCGGGCCUUCGUGGAACGCGACGCAGAACAUCGAGACCGUGCUCAUCUCGAUCCAGUCGCUGAUGAACGAGAAGCCGUACUUCAACGAAGUCGGCUACGACAAGGAGAAGAAGCCCGGCGACUCCAGCCGCUACAACGCCGUCAUCCAGCACGAAACGAUCAGGGUAGCGGUGUGCGACGCGGUAGAGGCGUGCCUCGCGGGGAACUCGGAGUGCCCGCCGGCCCUGAGGCAGAGGAUCCUGAAGGCGUUCCCGGUGUACUACAGCAGGUACGCGAAGCUGGUCGGCGACCAGGUGCAUCUGGACGGCACUGCCAUGAUGGAUCCGUUCGGCCACCAUAGGGGAGUCUACCAGCACCGGAGGCUCCUGGAGCGGCUCCGGCGUUUGAACGAGCAUCUUAGCGCGACUGGCCCGAACCCCGAAGGAAAGGAGGACGCGGCGCAGUCUAGCGUCGAAAUUCCGAGUUCUCGCGCCUCCUCCGAUCGCGAUUAGCUCAGUGGCUUGUCACGUGGUCGUUCGGAUGCGAUGAGCUACAUGGGCGAAUCCACGUUAGAAGGUGUAGCGACGUGCCCGCAGCUGG